AGCAAAGUCAAAUUUGCCCACCAACAACAGCGGCAGGCAAACACACCGCGAGAGCACACAACAAACAAGCAAGAAGAGAGUGGGUGGUGCCCGCUUGCUUGUCUGUUCCUUCCUGCCUUGCUCUCGGCUGCAUCAACGCCUCACUCCAAACACACGCCGAUCUCACGGUUCAGUCUCAACUACCGCCAUGGCUUCCCGGAUGAGCUCUGUUGAUCCGGAUGAGCCCGAGUACUUCCAGGACAACCCUGUGCCCGAGAUGCGGGGCACCUUGCCCGGCGAUGCUGAAAAUGGGGCCGGUCCCGUUCACGAAACAACGCUCUCCACCAUCCCCGACGAGGAGGAGGCGCGACAACAGCAACAGCAACAACAGCAACAGCAGCAGGCGGCUGAAGACAGCCUGCGGCCAAUCACAAACGGCAGCGGCUCCAAAUCGCAGCUCUUCCGGAAACCCACGCUGGGGCCAAUCACCAACGAGGAGUUUAUUGCGCAGGAGCUGAAGGUUAUCAUUGACGAUGAAACCCGCACACUGGACUCGCUCAUCCAGGCCACGCGCGAAGGCAACCGCUCCUUCGUGCAGGCCAUCCUUGAGCAAGACAUGGGCAUGCGCGUUGUGAACCGCGUGGACGACGAAGGCCUCACGCCCCUGCAUUACGCUGCCCGCUCCGCAGACGUGGACAUGGUGCAGCUGCUGCUCAGCAACGGCGCAAACCCGCUUGCCCCGGGCGAGGAAGACAUCACGCCACUGCAUGUUACCGCCAAGCUAUGCAACGAGCAGAUCCUGCGCGCGCUGCUGGAGUACGUGGCGAAGAAGAGCGAUCUGCAGACGGAGGACGCAUAUGGGUCCACCGCACUGCACUACGCCGUCAUGCGCAAGAACGACGACAAGUGCGCAGAGCUGCUCAUCUCCAAGGGUGCAGAUGUCAAUGCAAGUGACGCCCAGAAGCUCACGCCGCUGCACGUCGCAGCAACCUACGGCCACCACAAGCCUGUUGCACUGCUGAUCAAGCAUGGUGCAGAUGUGUUUGCGCAGGACAUUGACCGCGGCACACCGAUGCACGCUGCUGCCAUGGGCGGACACAACGCUGUGCUGCGCAAGCUCAUCGUUGGUGCCGGCGACCAGAUUGCCGCGCUGCUGGAAGACCCGGAUGCACAGGGCAACACGGCACUACACCUCGCAGUCGAGAACCAGCAUGUGCGGGCAACCAACAUCCUCCUCCGCCGCGGCGCCAACACAGAGGCGCAGAACGACACGGGAUCGACCCCCCUGCAUCUUGCAGCACGCGGCACGAAGCAGCGUAUCAUCACGCUGUUGAUGGAGCACAAUGCACAGCUGAACGCCCGCGAUGAAGAGUUGAUGACGCCGCUCCACCGCGCCGCCAUGUUCAACAGGGUGGAGAUUAUCAAGCUGCUCACCUCCGCUGGUGCUGACCCGGAUGCUGUUGACAAUGACGGCUUCACCCCACUCAUCUGCGCAUGCUGGAAGGGCCACGAGGAAGCGUUUAACCUUCUCCUCGACAACGGCGCCUCCCUUCUUCGUGGCGACAAGCUGGGUAAAAACGCGCUGCUGUGGGCUAUUGAUGAGCACCAGAAGGCCAUUGUCAACGACAUCCUCAAGUGGUGCACCCACCACAACAACACCGCCCCUCUGCGCGUCUGCGACAGGUACUCCAACACGGCACUGCACGUUGCUGCGCAGGUUGGCAACACCGCCAUCGCCGCCAAGCUCCUUGAAAGCGGCGAGCGUGACUUCUUCCUCGAAGCGCGCAACGACGAGGAACGCAACCCACUCCACGAAGCCGCCGUGCAGGGCCACGUCAACAUGGCGCUGCUGCUCAUCAAGACGGACGCGCGCCUGCUAGAGGACGACGACUACCAGCGGAACAAACCGCUGCAUCUGGCGGCAACACACGGUCACGCCAUCUUUGUCGAGCGGCUCCUCGCCCGCGGCGCUGCCAUCGACGCAAGGAACGACUUCCGGUGGACGCCGCUGGACUGCGCUGCGUUCCGCGGAUAUGUCGACGUCGCCGGUGUCCUCGUCAAGCACGGCGCGCCCGUCGACAGCACAGACAACAACAAGAUGACGCCACUGCAUCUUGCUGCCAGGAGCGGGCACGUGGACGUGGUGACGCUACUGCUCAACUCCAAAGCAAGCCUCGCCCUCAAGAACGCCGACGGCGAGAAUGCACUGGACAUGGCUGUACGGCACGGGCGGGUUGAGACGGCGCUUGCGAUCAUCAACCACGAGCGGUGGGAGCAGGCCAUGGACAACUGCGACGAGCACGGCAUCACCCCGAUGAAGCGCAUGAUCAUCCUCAUGCCAGAGGCAGCCCUCGCCGUCCUCAAGCGGUGCUGGUGCGACAACGGCCGGCAGCCAACGGAUGCCGACUUUGCAAUCACAUACACGUGGAAGUACAUUGACGAGGAGCAGAGCACCGGGUUCCACUCGGACGUGGAGAACAUGCCUCUCUGGCUCAUGCAGAAACACAACCGUGCGGAGCUGCUGGCACACCCUGUCACAGAGGCGCUUGUCUUCUUCAAGCACAAGCACUUUGGAGCCAUCACCUACUACCUCAACCUCGCCUUCUACGCCCUCUUCCUCUUCUUCCUCACCUUCUUCAUCGUGGAUGUCCCCAUGCGCCUGGGGGAGACAGCCGACCUGGCGGGUCUCUCCGUCGCCGCGCAGUUCAUUGUCGUCGUGUUUUCCACCUUCCGUGUGCUGGCCGAGGUGGCACAGAUGGCCUUUGACCGCUCAAAGUACUUUACCGACUUUGUCAACGUGCUGGAGUGGGCGGUGUUCACGACGUCGCUUGGGUUCUUCAUUCCGUUCUACAUCGGCAGCGAGCAGACGGUGGCGCAGUGGUCGAGCGGGGCCGCGGCCGUGUUCCUGGCCUGGGUCAACUUUGUUGCGCUCAUGCGCAAGCUGGAUGCGUUUGGCAUCUACGUGCUCAUGUUCGAGGAGACAGUGAUCACGGUGCUGAAGGUGCAGGUGGUGUUCUUCCUCUUUGUCAUUGGUUUCGCCCUCUCCUUCUUCAUUCUCUUCCAAGACACGUUCUACUUCUCAGAUAUUGGGCGGUCCAUCAUGAAGACGCUUGUCAUGAUGACGGGCGAGUUUGAGUACAUUGAUUACUUUCCGGACGAACUUUCCUUCGAGGUCCUCCCAUACUUCAUGUUCGCCCUCUUCGUCAUCAUCAUGCCAAUCAUCCUCAUGAACCUUUUGGUCGGUCUUGCUGUUGGCGACAUCCAACGCAUUCUCGACAACGCCCGCCUUAACCGCCGCAAGAUGCGCGUACAAGAUCUGCUGCCGCUGCAGGCGUUCCUGGUCUGGAUGCACUCCAGACUUCCCUUUAUCAAUGAUCGUGAUGUGGAUACGUUCUACCGUGCGACGUACAAGCUGCACGUCAACAAGCGCUCCUUCUGGCGCUGGCUCGCAUCCCGCAUCAUCACCUUCAAGCAGGAAUACUCAAUCGUGGAUCUGGACACGCACGUUGAGAUGACGGAGUUGGAGAAGCUUCAAGCGGCAAACCGCGGGCUCACACGCGAUGUCAACAAACUCCGCAAGAAACUGCGCCAGCUCACGGCCGUUGUUGAAGACCAGGCCCUCCUCAUCCGCGACAUGUGCCACGCCAAUGAUAUUGAGCUUGACUGGGACUGAAGCGGUGCUCUGGCCUCACAUUGCGCUUGCGUUCACAAAGUUAAUUGCGUUUGUGUCAUUCUGUGUAUUGUUGUUCAUGUGUGUUAACGCUGGGGUUUCUUUCAAGCACAAACAACGUGGUUGAGUGCCAUGGAGUUGAGAGUGAGUGAGAGAGAUUGUGUGUGUGGGUGCGUGUGUGCGUGCGUGGGUGCGUGCGUGGGUGCCUGUAUUUUGGAUGUGCUUUGGGCAUGUGUUCAUGAGAUGCUGAGUGGCUUUUGUGCAUGAAUGGUGCUAUGGUGUUGGGUCAAUUGAACGCAUAUGGAAUGAAGCAAUGAGAGGAC